CAGGUGAGCUACUCACUCGCCCUGCUGACAGCUCCCUCUGCACUGCACGGAGAGGUAUACACAGGCAGCUCACACAGUCACUGCUGUCCAAGGACAUUUCUUCAUCAAAGUCUUCUAGUUCGUUAAUGGUUCUCAGAGGUGGAUACGCUUGAGUUUGUGCUUGGCUGUUUGUGGUGUUUUUAUUUUCAUGAAAAUGAAGAGGCUAGAUCAAUCUGAGCGAUUAAGUGCAUUAUUUCUGAUGAUUAUUCUUAUCUUUACUUCUCAAGGUGCUCACUGUGAAUUGGUUGUUUCUCCGGCUGGUCCUGCAUUGGUGAAUGCUGUAGCUGGCACCAAUGUGACUCUGACUGUGUCCUUCAGUGGUGCCCCUGACCCAGCAGUUACCUGGUUUAUGGGUAAUUUACCUGUCGUCACCUGGACUAUUGGCUCCGAUAGUCUCCCAGACAUAGACAACACAAAAGUGCUGAGGAUUGAGCAAGAUGGAUCUCUUACCUUUGUAAAUGUGCCACUUAACUAUACCAAUGACUACACCAUUGAAAUGACAAAGUCCGGACUGGGUACAGCCACCACAAAUUUCACUCUGAAAGUAUUUGAAAACAUCCAGAAUGUGACUCUGAGCACACAGCCUGCGUUUGCCAAAGAAGGAACUGACCGGUUCAUUCUGCAAUACAGCAUGCUGCAAGGAGUGGUUGAGCAACAGAUGUGGUUCUUCGAUGGCAGAGAGAUUAAAACCAACUCACACUACUCAGUGGAGCAAAGGAGCCUUGUCAUCCUCAGGCCGAACCGAAGUGACUCAGGACGGUACACGCUGUCACUGACGAACCCUUUCAGCAAUGUGACAACUCACAUGAAUGUCAAUGUGCUGUAUGGACCAGAUGAGCCCAUACUUAUAGCCAGUCCAGCUAAGCAGUUUUAUGUAUCAAAUGAUUCACUUAGCCUCUCCUGCCACGCUGAUGGAUUCCCCCGGCCGACUGCUGAGUGGGUCUUUGGUGGUCAGACCCUUUCUGAUUCCCAAGGAGUUCUCAAUCUGACCAAUGUACGGACCAGUCAAGGAGGUGUUUAUACCUGCACGCUGCUCAAUGAGGAGACUGAAGAAAAGCGCCAAAAGAACAUUAUUUUAAACAUUUAUGAAAAGCCGCCAGGAAACCCAGUGUGCUCUGUGCAGUCGGUGAAUAACAGCAACUUGCAGUACCACUGUCGGUGGUCAGGGGGAACCCCACAGGCCCAACUUUCUUUCCCAGCCUUAAGUAACACCAGCAAUGAUGCAGGAAGCUUCAACCUGACUGUCACCGCUUCGGACAACCUGAAUGGGAAAACUGUCACCUGCAUAGCAGACCACCCAGUCGAACAGAAUAAGUGCCACAUUACUGCAAGUAGUCCAAUGGAGUUCCUUCCAGCUGUGAGAACCACAGUUGACUCUGAGGGCAAAAUAGUGGUCAGUAUCCAUUGUGUCAGUGAGGCCUCGCCUAAGGCUGUGGUGUCAUGGUCCAAAGGCAGCGAAGAUGUCAUCAAUGGGACGACAAACCAGAUCAGCAACAACACCACUCAGCUCAUGAUUCGUCAUUAUAAUGUCAGCAUCUUUCUCCUCAGAAACUACACCUGCACCUGCCACAACCCAUUGGGCAGCCAGAGAAGGGAAAUACAAUUACGAGGACCGUCGAUCUCAGAUUCCAGUUUGUUCCUUAAUCAAGAUGGAACUGUUGUCACAUUGACCUGGGAGGUCCCGCCUACCUCUGUUGUUACAGGGUUUGACAUCCAAAUGAAAGGACCAGACCUCUUGAGUGGAAAUCGUAAUGGCAACCAAACUAAAGGCAACUCAAACAGAUACCGCACCAUCCAGAAGAAACCUGGCUCUGCCCGGAGUGCGGACAUCUUUGUCCUUAAUCCUAAAUCAACAUACUGGUUUCGGGUCAUCCCCAGAGCACGUAUGACUGAAGGAGAGCCAUCAGAGGUCCAAAGAAUUGGCCCAGGUGAGGGGCUAAGCGGCCCGGCCAUCGCUGGCAUUGCAGCUGGAAUUCCCUGUAGCCUUCUCUUCCUGCUCCUGCUGUGCGGCUUAAUCUACCUCUGCGUCUACUGCACCAAGAACAAAAAUCGGCAGACAAGAUAUCCAAUGUCCAGAGCAGUGGAGAAGUCAAUAGCAACACAACCAGAUGUAACUCCUCAUAACCUGUUGACAGGAGGGCUGAAGUCUCCCCCUGAUUACAAUAGAUUGCAGCAGACUCCAUCUGAAAGCACAUUUAGGACUACAUACGAAAUUGUUUGUUGUAUAAGACAAAGUCACACCACUGGCCUGGCCUCACAUGGAAAAAACAGAAGUGACAGUGCAGAAAACACUGGAUCCAGUAUCAACCAAAGGUUCAAAAAACCUCCAAGAACAGACUUUCCCAGAGGACCUCACUUCUCUGUCAUCCAAGGACUCACCAAUGUCUGUCUGUAUCCUACAGACAAGACAAUAGUUCCAUUUUUUGCAAAUGUAUGUGCCUGUGAUGGCAAACCUCCAGUGAGAUACUUCCUGUGUAAUGACAUGAAGGGUGGACCUCUCACAGCUCUGACUCAGAAUGCACAUAGCAUCAUGCAGACAUUUUACACUGCAAUCAACACCCCCACAGGCAGGGCCAACAGUUCAGAGUGUGAGUAUACUCCCUAAAUCAGUUUAAUUUUAGAUUUCAUGUAAUACUCACUGCCUGUCUCCACAUUCAACCACUGACCCAAGAGACUGAAAUUCACAUGACAAUUCAGUGUCUUAACUCAGAUGUCCAGCUGCCUCUACCAUGUGAGGUGCCAUUGGGCACAACCAACAUGCUGUGCAGGUGUUGCUGUCAGGAUUUGUCCUUUGGCACAAUUGUACUAAAAUCCCUUAUAUAUCUCUCUUCCAUUGAAUAAAAUCACAUGAUGUGUAAUUCA